UUGGCUUACGACGGAUGUGUAUGGGCAGGUGUUGAGAUUAAAACAUUAGCAGAUCAGCGUCAAACUGGGUUUAGAUUCUGCUCUCCGGAUUACGGUGGAACUUCUCUGACCUCUACCCGUAACAUGGUUCCUGUAAUUACUUUCAGCAGACUCUACGAAGUUAAAUCGCUCCUGCGCUAUCGCAUCGCUUCUUCUGGUCCAGCCACUUCUGAGCCAACAUCUGAAGAGACAGGUCAGCCAACACAGCCGACUCGUCAACCAUCGUCAGAGAGAACACCCGGUCCAACCAGUGAGCCCAAGAAGCGUUGCUAUGAACGUAAAUUGUGCCAAAUACUGGUGAAAUUAAGCCUUUGCGAUUCUUCUGCAUACACUGCGGAACUCAAAGAACAGGUUUGCCCGGGCUCAUGCAGAUAA